UAUAAAGGAUCACAAUUUCUACUACUGCACACAACUUCCCUUCCAUCAUCAUCAUCAGCAGCAGCGAUGGCCAACACUUCUAGUAUCAUCUCCAUAUUCUCCGUUGUGUCUCUGGUGAUCCUAAGCAACAUAUCGACCACUUCGGCUGCACGCGCGUUCUUCGUGUUCGGCGAUUCUCUCGUCGACAACGGAAACAACAAUUAUCUGGCCACCACGGCUCGUGCUGACUCGCCUCCUUAUGGGAUCGAUUAUCCGACGCAUCGCCCAACUGGGCGGUUCUCCAACGGGCUCAACAUCCCCGACGUCAUCAGUGAACACCUCGGCUCGGAGCCCACGUUGCCGUACCUGAGCCCCGACCUCCGCGGGCAAAAGCUGCUGGUCGGCGCCAAUUUCGCCUCGGCAGGGAUCGGAAUCCUAAACGACACCGGCAUCCAAUUCAUAAACAUCAUCAGGAUAUCACAGCAGCUCGAGAACUUCAGGCAGUAUCAGCAGAGGCUGAGUUCUUUGGUCGGAGAAGCGCAGGCGAAGCGUUUGGUGAACAAGGCUCUGGUGUUGAUUACUCUCGGCGGCAAUGACUUCGUCAACAACUAUUACCUGGUUCCGUACUCUGCACGAUCCCGUCAGUUCUCGUUGCCGGACUACGUCACCUACAUCAUAUCCGAGUACAAGAAGAUUCUCGCGAGGCUGUACGAGCUCGGAGCUCGCCAGGUUCUGGUGACCGGAACCGGGCCGAUGGGUUGCGUGCCGGCUUCGCUGGCUGAAAAGAGCCGCGAUGGGAGCUGUGAUCCGGAACUACAAAGAGCUGGGGACCUGUUCAAUCCUGCGCUGAUUCAGAUCAUAAACGAACUCAAUUCACAGUUUGGGUCCACAGUUUUUACCGCGGCGAACGCUAGGAAAUCACAUAUGGACUUCAUAGCAAACCCCCAAGCAUACGGCUUUGUGACAUCAAAGGUGGCAUGUUGCGGACAAGGACCAUACAAUGGGCUUGGACUGUGCACCGUGGCAUCUAACCUUUGUCCCAACAGAGACUUGUAUGCGUUUUGGGAUGCAUACCAUCCUUCGCAGAAGGCGAACCGUAUGAUUGUGAGCCAGUUCAUGACAGGUUCCAAUGAGUACAUGAACCCUGUUAACAUCUCAACUCUCUUGGCCAUGAGCGAAAGCACUUGAUGGUCGGAGCUAGCUCGAACUUUGGCUUCAAAGAUGAUUAUAUGGUGUGUGUGUGUGUGUUUUUUAAUCCGUCACGUUGUUGUUGUUGUUGUUUUUCCAAAUGUUCAGUUGGGUCUUUUGUGCGCCCUGAAGGAUUUGAUAUAUGUAGUUCGCCGGUCGCUGGAUGGUUUCGGCGUCGAGAGGGGAUGCAUCAAAGUGAUGUUCGUUGAUAAAUAGUCAGAUUGUUAUUCUACGGGUUGAAAGUGUCUAAUAAAUGUGGAAUUAUACCCCAGAAAGAUUUCUGUAUUGCCGCUGUGAUGAACUUGGUGUCUAAUUUUGUCUCA